AUGGCAAAUUUGCUAAACAUGUUCUUUUCAAUAAUGCUUAUCGAAGUAUCUCUUUUAGCAUUGUUGAUGGGAAAUUCCAAAGCAACUCAUCGCUUUAUUGGAGGUCCCGAUCCACAUCACCAUCUUUCCUUACAAACGAGGAAUGUUCAUCACAUUGCAAGAUUGAGUCCAGAAGGUCCAGAUCCACACCACCAUGUUUCCUUACCAACGGGGAAUGUUCAUCACAUUGAAAGAUUGAGUCCAGGAGGUCCAGAUUCACACCACCAUGAUUUCUUGCAAACUAGAAAUGUUCAUGAAAUUGCAAGAUUGAGUCCAGGAGGUCCUAAUCCACACCAUGACAAUUCCUUAAAUCCAACGAGUGUCGAUCACAUUGCAAAAUUGAGUCCAGGAGCUCCCGAUCCACAUCACCAUCUUUCCUUACAAAUGAGGAAUGUUCAUCACAUUGCAAGAUUGAGUCCAGAAGGUCCAGAUCCACACCACCAUGUUUCCUUACAAACGGGGAAUGUUCAUCGCAUUGAAAGAUUGAGUCCAGGAGGUCCAGAUUCACACCACCAUGAUUUCUUGAAAACUAUAAAUGUUCAUGGAAUUGCAAGAUUGAGUCCAGGAGGUCCUAAUCCACACCACGACAAUUCCUUACAUCCAACGAGUGUCCAUCUCACUGCAAAAUUAAGUCUAAGAGGUCAUAAUCCAAACUACCAGAAUUCCUUUCAACCUUAG